AUGCUACCCACUGUUCCCCGCCUCACUGCACAUGUCGCCGGCCAGCCAUUCAAGCGGUCACAACUUGGUCUGUUUCACGGCAAAAUGAUCCAGUUCGGAAACAAUGUGCCCUUCUCGCUCAGAAAGACGCGGAGGACAUGGCUACCGAACGUGCAGUCAAAACACCUAUUCUCCGAUACUCUCAACAAGCAUGUGCACGUUAAACUCACCACUACUGCGCUCAAGACAAUAAAGAAGUACCCGGGCGGGUUGGACGAAUACGUUGCAAGCACGCGUCACGAGUUGUUGGGGCACGAGGGAAUGCGUCUGCGUUUGGCAAUACGCGAAGCUUCGGAUGCGCAGACUGCACCUGAAGCGGCAUACCAGACGGCGCGCGAGGAGAAGCAUCAGCGCGCUCGAGAGCUGUCGCAAGCCACGAGGGCGGCGCGGGAAGCGAGGGAGGCGCGCCUAUCGCAGAUCCGUGAACAGCGCCGGCGCGAAUUCAGCCGCAAAGGCGGCCACCUCGGCAUAGCACAACUCGUACAUUAA